UUCUUUGCCCAAGUCAACCAAAAGCCCAGGUUCACUGAAAGAGCCACCCAUGGGCCAGCCGCCGCGUCUCUUCAUGAUGAGGCUGGUGUGCCCUUGCCAGCAAGGAACUCGGUCAUUCAUAUGCCAUCUGGCUUGACAUCGGUGAACUCUCCGAGCAAAGAUGGCCACCUGUCCAGUGCAGCACCUGCCCAGGUUCGUUUGAUGGAGGGAUGGACAGGACUCGCCCAUCAACGUGCCCGCAGAUCAAGGUGUGCCUGGGUUGGAGUCGACCUGCUCCGCCCAACGGCCAGUGCUACGCUGAUGACGUCGUCGCCGACUGGCCAACCGAUGUUCGGAGAACCAAGGUAUCAGCUGUUCCCGCCGCCAAUCCAAGAAGUUUGCAUGUUGUCGUCGUGCUCCCGGGUGGAGGUGCCGUUGGGAAUCUUGCAUUCCGUGAUCACAAGACACUGA